GUAACGCGUCAAUUUGGCGCGAGAACGGUCGUGUGUUGAGUUGUGUUUGCCCGCUGCUGCCUGAUACAGAAAAAGCGCGCGAAUUUCACCGGCUUAUCGUGAUUGUUUUAAAAAUGGAACCUAUGGAUUAAAUUUUUUUAUUGGAUAAUGAAUAAAUGAUAUUGUGCCCGUAUUUGUAAAAAAACCUUUGUUCUUAAAAAGUGAAAACAUUUUGAUAAAGUUUGAGUACAGUGUUGAUGACAUUAUGGUGGUUCAUUAGUUCUGAUCUGAAGAGGGAAGAUUAGAUGGGUAUAACCUAAAUACCAUAUAAUAGAAGUCUCAAGAACGAAGAAUGGCAACAAAAAAACGUAAAGGAAUUGAUCGACGAUGUUUAUGGUGGAAGUCAAGACUGAUAGUGGCUGCUGUGACGUUGGCCUGUGCUAAUUCACAAGACAUAUCGGCGUGUUGCGACAAAGCGUCGGGGGGAUGCCGCAACGUCUGCGAGAAAAUGUCGUUGGUAGAGAUAGCAACGAAUUCAGCAAUGCGGGAAGACAGGAUCCAAAAUAUUUACAAAUUCUGCACUCCGAAUCUGAUAGAGUUUUGGAUUUGUAUGAAUCACACUAUUCAAGAAGUGGUAUCCGGAUCAAGAUGGUGGGGCCGGGCGUGCUGUGCGUUAGGCAGAUCAGAAACCUGCCGACACGCGUGUGCUACUGCUGGAGACGCUAGUGUGUUGGCAGACGCCUGUCGCAGGUCUGACGAGAUCGCCUUCUUCGACUGUGUACACCAACAGCGAGAGGCUCAGUGGUGCUGUUCACAGACGCAGUCGCUGAGUUGCCACGAGGCAUGCCAAAGUGUGAUGUGGCGUUUAGGUCAAGCAAAGGUAGACACUAAAGCAAAAGAACGAGCUGUGGAAAUUUGUGAGCAGUCACCAGAGCUGUUGCAUUGUCUACGAGAAUUAACGGCAUCUGCCGUGCUUUCUGACCUUUCCAAUUAUUUACCAUGCUGUCAAAAGGCACCUAGUCCAGAAUGUAGAACUACUUGCGAGGCAGUACUUCGCCGAACAGGUGAUUCCCAAGAAAUUGCCAAUGCUCUAUCAAAAGAAUGCGGUACUCCUGCUCUUCACGAUGAUCUUUGGCAAUGUUUCCUAAGAACUGACGCCCCAGCUGAUGCAAAAGAUAUCAUUCCUUAUGACGCUGCUAAAAUGCACUGUUGUCAAAAGGCUACUACGAUAAAUUGCCGAAGACUAUGUUUCAACACUUUUAACAAAGAUUGGCACAAUAACUGGCAGAAUUUUUUUGCGGAAUGCUUGGGUGAUCCUCAAGAAAUGGAUUUAUCGCAAUGUAUAGAAGAAGUGGAAUCACCGUGUUCUCUAGGAUGUGCUGGUCUUACUUACUGUAGUCAACUGAAUAAUCGACCGACAAGUUUGUUUAGAUCAUGUUCUGCUCAAGCUGAUCUUGACGCUCAUUUGUCUGUUGCCGAACAAAAAGGCACUGGAUUCGUAAGUGUAUCGGGGCUCAAAUUACCGUUGAAAAAUUCUACUCAAUGUACGUCUGAUGUUUGGAAAAGCGUGGCUUGCGCCCUACAUGUUAAACCUUGUACAGCUAAGGGCCAUAGCAGUCUGCUUUGCGAGGAGGACUGUAUGAGAUUGGUAUCAUCAUGCGUGGAUUGGUCUAGGACACCUGCGCAAUUAACAGCAAGAUCAUUGUGCGCUCGGCUAGCACCUCACUCUAACGCGGCGCCUUGUGUACCAUUGAGUCAAUUUAUGUUGCCUAGUACUGAGCCACCGUUUUUAUCAGCAAGGGAAGCCGUCACGUCCCCAUGUGCGGGAUCACCCUGUAACGCUACGCAAGUAUGUCUUGUUAACAGAAACUGUUUACAAGGAGGUACUUGUGCUCGAUAUACUUGUGUCAACGGUUGUCCUUUAGGUGAUGGAAGUCCAUACAUGGUUCCAGUGGACACUUGGGUUAGAGUACCUAUGACAAGCCCAACACAGAAAGCUUGCUUCAAGAUUUGUAAGUGCAGUAAUAAAGGCCUAACAAGCUGCCAACCUUUGCCGUGUGUUACUCUUGAAAAUUGUCGUUUACAUGAUAAAGUGGUGCAAAAUGGUGAAAAAUAUUACAUGGAAUGUAACGCCUGCUCCUGUGUGUUGGGUGAGCGAGUUUGUUCUCGAAGAGCUUGUGGAAAGACAGCGUUAUUGACUGGGUUACCCUGUAAUUGUCCUCCGCAUCAUUUACCAGUACAUACGCCUAGGGGCCUGUUUCCCAAUGCGUGUUUGGCUAAGUGUGCGGGAGCAACUGACGCCGAGAUAGAAUUUGGACCACGGACGCCUUGUGCUGGCGUGACAUGUCCACGGAGACACGUGUGUCUACCUGCAUCAAAUGUUUGCAUCUCUAAAUUACAAACAUCGUGUCCCCAACAUGUUUGCGUAAAUAUAACGAAUUGUAAUUCGCAACCUGCCAGUCCAGUAUGUGACACGGAUGGAUACACACAUGCCAAUCCAUGUGAUCUUGUGAUGAGAGCUCGAUUACUGGCUUACUGGGGACAGUGUUUGCAAAAGUGUUCCAGUACGGGAAAAGUUUGUGGUGUCAACGGCGUUACUUACUUCUCUGAAUGUGCAGCGUGGGCGGAAUAUGUGAGCGUGGAUUAUUUGGGCCCAUGUCUAGCCGUGGGUCCAAUAUCAGAUCUCAUGGAACCAAAGUGUCAGUUCGACAGAAUCGUCUGUCCAGCGUUGAAGAAUUCAAAAUGUCUGGGCUUUACAGCUCCUGGUGCCUGUUGCCCUAGAUGCGGCGGAGCGUUAAGAAUAUUGUACUCUAAGAAACAAAUCGAUAGAGCCUUAUAUGGUACAAAUAUUUCAGCUACUGUAAUAAACUUGAGCAACGUUCUAAAGGCUCUUGAAAGACACGUAAAAAUCGCUGAAUGUGCCCUAAGAGGAUUCUUAACAAUCGAAAGGGAGAUUUUCGUAACUGUAGAGUCAACGCUUCGAAAUCCAACCGAUUUGCAAUUAAACGUGUGUGUUUUAGAAGCCGAAAAAUUAGCAGACUUGAUUAACAGAGAAAGUGUACUGGUAUCUAGUGAUUUAGGAUUAAGUGCGUUAUCAUAUGCAUUGACUGUUCAUACUCAACCUACAAGUAGUGCAAGUGGUAUUAAGUUAUCAGUUGUAGUAGGGCUAUUAACAUAUACCAUUUACGCUUUAAGAUAAGACUUGGUUUUAUAUUUCUAGAAAUUGUAAAUAUUAUUAAGUUGUAAAUAACUUAAAGAUAGCUGUAAAUCUGCGAACCAUGUACACCAAAUAAUUUAGUGCCAUAGUGAUUUUUAUCUAGCAAUUUAAUGUGCUUUGGUCUGCUUUAUGUGUUGUACGUCGAUUGUAAUCAGCAAGAGCACAAAUUCUUGUUGUAUAUAUUGUAGAAUAGCAUUGCUGUGAGUUCUAAGUGCCAUGUUUGUAGUUGGAAUGUGAUUUGAGAUUUUUGCAUUUGCACAUUGUUAAGAAAAAAUGUAAUGCUAAUAGACUGAGAUUAAGCAUUUUAUAACAAUUUUACAAAAGACAGUUAUGAUAUAGUCUUUAUACCAAAUAUGUAUUGUAUUACUUUUGAGUAUGAUUGUUAUUUUGUUGAUAGAAUUCUAAAGUUUUUAGAGAUGUCUAAUUCUAAGAAAAUAAUUAUAUCUGUUCAUGUGCUUCAAG